AUGGCAAGCUCCGCCAGCGCCCUGGUGUCCAGCCAACACUUCGCGGCGCUGAAAGCGCAGAUCAUCUCCCUCGCAACCGCGCUGUACGGCACAAACGCGCCUUCAGAAGCCGCCUUCGCGGUGCUCCCCUUCAACACAACGACGGUGCUGGACCUGCCUGCGUCGUCGCCAAACCGGCACGCCGUAGCGCUGAUCUACUACACGGGGCCGCCGGCGGCGCCGUACAGCGCCUGGGAGAUGCUGAGCUAUGCCGACGACCAGCCGAGUUAUGUUGCAGGGGCGCAGCGGCUGCUUGACGAUAUGGAGAAAGGGCUUGGAGAGGUGAUCGGGAGUCUGGUGAAUAGUGGGGAUUGGACGGUGAGGCAUAAGACGAUUCCUGAUCUGGCGGUUAGGGAUCCGCAGCACGGUGCGACCGAGAAGGCGGGACCGGGGUAG